AAACAAACUCAUCAUGAAUCUGAAUCAUCCCCCUUUUUUUGAAAUUGGAAAAAAUAAAAUAAAAUACCACUCCCUUAGUUUUAUUUGAAUAAUAAUACUACUACUCCGUAGUAACUUUUUUAGUUCAACACAAAAAUCAAAUAAUUAAAUUAUUUAAAUCAGACGGAAAAAUAAAAGCACGCAAUAAGUGUGACAAUUAACAAAUUUGGAGUUGCUUAUUGGUAAUGGUGACUGAGAGAAACUGAAAUCUGACAGAAUUACAGCACUAUCCGCGUCAGCAUUUCAGCCAACAAGAUCACUGCUAUAAAUAUAAACAGAAGCGAUCUUACUGGGGGGUAAAAACAUUUAAGGCAGCAUUAUUACCGAUUCGCUGCCGCUCCUCCUCGGUUGCACGCUUCCCGAGAUCACCGGCCCCCAAAAUUUCAUCUUCUUGCCCCCCAACAAAUUUUUUUUUUUGGGAAUCCUCUUUAAUCCGUCUUACCGCACAACAGCAUCUUUUGCUGGUGAAAACUGACGUUACAGCUUUAGGCCUUUUUUAUUCUAGUCUUGGGCAAGUAUUUACUGAAAAUCCAUGGCGGAUCACGGCAAGUCUAAAUCGGACAUUUCAUUUGCGGGGACGUUUGCCAGUAGCGCUUUCGCUACUUGCUUCGCCGAGGUGUGUACUCUCCCGUUGGACACAGCUAAGGUGAGGCUGCAGCUGCAAAAGAAGGCUGUUGAAGGGGCGGCUUUGCCAAAAUACAGGGGAUUGUUGGGUACGGUUGGCACUAUUGCUAGAGAGGAAGGUAUGUCUGCAUUGUGGAAAGGAGUUGUACCAGGACUACACCGUCAAUGUCUGUUUGGAGGUCUCAGGAUCGGAAUGUAUGAGCCUGUUAAAAACUUCUAUGUGGGCAAGGAUCAUGUUGGUGAUGUGCCUUUAUCAAAGAAAAUACUUGCUGCACUCACAACUGGUGCUCUUGGAAUUACUGUUGCAAAUCCAACAGAUCUUGUGAAAGUACGGCUACAAGCUGAAGGUAAGUUGCCGCCUGGUGUGCCAAGGCGAUAUUCUGGUGCAGUGGAUGCUUAUUCCAAAAUCGUGAGGCAGGAAGGUCUUACUGCCCUAUGGACUGGAAUCGGGCCCAAUAUUGCACGAAAUGCAAUCAUUAAUGCAGCUGAAUUAGCUAGUUAUGAUCAAGUGAAACAGACUAUUCUGAAGAUUCCUGGGUUUACUGACAAUGUCCUCACUCAUCUUCUCGCUGGCCUUGGAGCUGGGUUCUUUGCUGUCUGUAUUGGUUCACCAGUUGAUGUGGUAUGCAUAUUUUCUCCGUUCUUUCAAUAUCGAUAUGAGAUCUUUCUGAACUUUUCAAAUAAAGUUUAUGCAAAACUCUGUUUGCUUGAAAACAAUAGCGGGUUUAUGCAUCGCUUAUCACUUAUGAUGGAGCACUGUUAGUUUGCUUUGGUGCUAUUAUAAACUGGGGCAUCCUCAGUUUCUCACUUUAUUUUAGUAUAUACGCGCCUGUUUGCGUGUUUUUCUUCUCCUACCUUUGCAGCUCGAUCACGUUGUUUUAUAGUUGUACCUUUGAUGCAGUUGCUGUUGCUUUGAAUUUUGAAAGUUAUGUAGGAAAAGGUGUAACUUGGCAAUAUUCAUUGUGUUGUACUGUUUCUGUUCUGUAUUCUACUAAUACAAAAUCAUAGAACAUCAAAUGAAAUGUCCAAAAUGUUUCGUACAUACAUUUUUUAAAGAAUGUUGUCUAAAGGAAAUAGGUAUUGUUGUUCUUUAGAUGUAAGCUGGUCCCAUUUUGAGGCAAAAGAAGCACUGAUUUCCUAAACUUGAAGGCGAAUGUAAUUUUCUUUGAACAGUAACAUAUCUUGUGAUCAAUGGUACAGGUGAAAUCCAGAAUGAUGGGAGAUUCCACAUACAAGAGCACCCUUGAUUGUUUCGUGAAGACUCUUAAAAAUGAUGUGGGUUCCGUUCCUCUCCUCUUCUGUUUUCUGCUCAAAAAUUCAAAACAAUGUAAUAAGCUCUCUCUAUCUCUUUGCAGGGGCCUUUAGCUUUCUAUAAAGGAUUCAUCCCAAAUUUUGGACGGCUAGGAUCAUGGAAUGUGAUAAUGUUUCUAACCUUGGAACAGGUAAGAGUUGCAACAUUAGGUCGACAAAACUCUGUGCUGGUUCUCUUCAAUCGUCUGCUAUUACGUAGACAAAUAUCUUAAAUCCAGUAGCUAGAGCUAGUUCAUUAUACAUCAAAAUUCAAACAUACUAAAAGUAACCCAAAAAAAGGGCCGGAAUAUGAUCAGUUGAUGUGCAUCUAUUAACGCAUUGUUUUGGUUUCUUUUCCUGGUGAUCUCAGGCCAAAAAGUUCGUAAGAAGCAUGGAGUCCUCUUGACCUUGAACUCUUGAAGUAUUAGAGUUUGAUCCAUUUUUUUCCAGUCUUUCUGGUUUGGAGGAUAAUAAAAGAUAAAACAGUAACAUCGAUCUUCUUGUUCCUGUUGACCUCAAUUUUUAUUGAUCUACUGGUGGCAACAGUUGAAAAAUCAGUUGGUACAUCUGUGGAAUUGUUUACAUCAAUUAUGUAAUCGUUCCCCAUAUUUAGUUAGUAGUUCUUUUAUUGAUAAGGCACUUCUGGAGACUUGAUUUGAGGCUUUAAAAAUUUUAACGCCCCAUAUGUUUAUGUACUACCAGUCUACCACAUAUUGUUGCUUUCUUGGAGCAGAAAUUCUAAUGGCGAAAUUCAUUUUCAUUGCAUUUGUAUCUUGUCAUCCUUUUAAGGAGAUUUCCUUGUGCUUAAUCUAGUUUGGGAAAAUCGAAUGGAAGAACUGUUAUCCCGCAUAUACAAAUCAAAUUUUUGUAUGCACAAAAUGUUUUUUUGGUACAUUGAAAGAGGGCAAAGCCUAAAAUACUAAACUAUCAUAAGGAUAAAAAUUUACUGGUGAUGAAGUUGAUCAAGCAGGAACUACACUGGAGGCUUGAACAUUGCUGGUCGAGUAAGAGAUCAGUUAAAGUUGUAAAACUGUUGCAUAAGUUGUUUGAUUAGUUGCAGGAAAAUUUUGAUGUAUAGUUAAGAGCUGGUAGUUAGCCUUCAAACAAGGAAGUUUUGGUUGUAAAUAUGUGAUGCGUUUUGAUGAUCAAUAUAUAUGUACAUUUUACCAAAAAAAAAUUUACUGUCGACAUCCAGUAAUCACGCCG